AAUCGUGUGAACCCCCGCGCACUAUUCUUUCUCCCCAUCUUUUAUUUCCAGUUCAAUUAAUCGACCGAAUGUUUCAUCCGAGUGGAGUGCAAACACGUAAUUGGAAAAUGUUUAUCUCAACUUGUCUGAGUAUAUUUACACCUGUUCUACUGUAUCCAAGGUAACAGUGGCAUGUAUCAUGUAAAUACCCAGGGAAAAACCGAAACAUUGUCAUCAAUUCAGGAAUUAAACGAUAAUUAAACAGCCGUUCACAGCUAUCAGAAUGCCACUUUGAUAUCAAUUAAUCGGAGCAAACUUCACUCGAUCGUUCUGUGAUUAUGAAAAUAAAUUGUUAUGUACUCGUGGCUGUUACUGCAGAACCCAACCACUCUGUUAUCACCCAGGGUAACCAGUCAACUCGGGGACUCCUGAUGCACUUGAAAUACGACUCCAAAUCAAUUAAAUAAUUUUUUUUUAUCGUCGUCAAACAAAAUUAUCAAGAUGCCACAAACAGGGAAGAAGACGUCAUCAAAGGCCUCAGAGUCUAGUAAAGACCAAAUAAGCAUUGGAAGAAGCAGAACCUCGCGAAUUGACUUGCUGGGUGGCGACAUGGACUGGCUGCGAGGAAAAAUAUUCCUAAAACCGGAGGAUCAGCUGCAGCUGAACGAAGCAGAGCUCCAAGAGGAGAUAGUUCGUGUGUUAACAAUGCAAGACACAAGGGUUCCCGACGCCCUAGUGGAGUGGUCGUGGAAGGAGAUGGAGUUCGUGCGGAUCCCCAACCCCCCGAACAUCAUCAGCGUGUUGGAUGUACCGGGAACGCUGCUGAGCCGCGACUCCGAGGAAGCUAAAGCUCAAUUGGGCAGUAGUUACCAAGCCCCUGAGGAGGUCGCAGCCGACGGGAAGCCGGAGGAAGAGGACGCCGAACCCAAGGAGGAGGAGGAGGACGAGGGGGAGGAGCCGGACGACGACGAGGAGGCCAAGCAGGACGGAGGGGGCGAGGCUGAGGCGGCAGUCGACGGAGACGAGCCCAAGAAACCGGUCAAAGUCCCGAAUCAAUUCAACUUCUGCGAACGAGGCGCCCUGACGUACAUCAACCCCGUCCGGGACAUGAGCACUCAGACCGUCCCUCCGCCGACGGCGUCCUUCAACUCGCACGUCUUCCAAUGGACCAUCUAUGACGAGUACCAGGAGGAUUACGCCGCCCAGCAGCUGGAGAAGGAGAAGGACAGGAAGUCCCAGGGGCCCGGACAGAGGAAGGACGAGGGGAAGAAGAGGGCGCAGGCGGAGGCGCUGGCUGUCAACCAGAAGAUGCUGCAGGCCGCCAAGACUCUUGAGAGAAUGGUCAAUCAGAACAUCUUCGACGAGAUCGCGCAGGACUACAGGUACUGGAACGAUCCCAGCGAUGAGUUCAAGGAUGGGGAGGGCUCCCUCCUGCCGUUGUGGAAGUUUCAAUAUGAGAAGACCAAGAAACACGAUGUUACUAGCAUGUGCUUCAAUGCUAGGUACUACGAUCUUUUUGCGGUCUCGUUUGGAACGUUUUGCUUCGACUCUUCGCUGACGUCAGGAACUGUCUGCCUCUUCAGCCUGAAGAACCCAUCGUACCCCGAGUGGAUAUGCGUCACUGAGUCCCCGGUUAUGUGCCUGGACUUCAGCGUUUAUCAUCCACAUCUUCUGGUUAUUGGCUGCAUGGAUGGAACGGUGGCUGUUUAUAAUGUCAUGCUUCCACCAUCUGCUCCUCAGUACCGGAGCAAUGAUGUUACUCAGAAGCAUGGGGGAAUCGUAGGAGAAGUUCGAUGGGCGCCAGACACGGAAGAAGGUAAUUUAACCUUCUACAGCAUCAGCAUCGACGGGAAGAUCAACCACUGGGUCCUGAACCAAAACGAGCUGGGGCUCACAACAGUGAUGACCCUGUUCCUAGAUCGUCCUCCAAUCCCUGGGCCUGACGGCACACUGAUCACCCUCAAGGGUUGUGGCACCUGCAUCGCAUUCCACCCGACGAAACCCGACAUCUUCCUGGUGGGAACCGAAGAGGGGACCAUCUACAAGUGCAAUACGGCCUUCAGCAGCACCUACAUGCUGACCUACAACGAGGCCCACAACAUGCCGAUCUACAGAAUCGUCUUCAAUAAAUUCAACUCAGACAUUUUCGCGAGCUGCUCCGGGGACUGGAGGAUUAAAAUCUGGGAGGAUAACAGGAUGGAGCCUCUGUUCAUGUUCGACCUGGGGGUGCCGAUAGGCGAUGUACAGUGGGCACCUUACAGCUCCACGGUCCUGGCUUGUGUCUCAAACGAUGGAAAGGUCACGGUUUUCGAUCUCAAUGUCAAUAAGUAUCGGCCCAUCUGCAGUCAACCGGUCGUUAGUAAGAAGAGGAGCAAAUUGACGAGGCUCUGCUUCAAUAAUGAACUGCCUUUCAUCAUCGUGGGGGACGAUAAAGGGACUGUUAACACUUUGAAGCUGUCCCCGAACCUCAGGAUCAAACCCAAACCGACUAAGAAGCAGAUGCAUCUGUCGCCGGCCGAGUUGGAGACCCUGAAGUUGGAGAAGCUGUUGAGUUUUGUCAGGGAACCCCCGGUUCUUGUUCCACCACCAGAUGUCAGGACUGCGACUUAACGUGGAAGUUUUUGAAGAUGGAAUGAGGUUUCGCGAGUUGUUGCAGUUGCAUUACAGACUGAAUCCGUCCACGAAAUUGUGCAGAAUAACAAGUCGAUUCAGUUGCUAGUUUGUUGAUGACAUAAUCCAGUUGGAAUUUUUAAAAUUUAACAUUGACGUUCAUGAAAAAUGUGAUUUUAUAUAGAGAAAAAAGAGUAGAAAUAGUCCAAACUUUUAUUUGUAUAAAUCGACUUGAAAUACGAAAAAUUCAAGAUUUUUUUAAACAAUUCCCUCACAUUGUUAUUAACAAAUGCAACUGUUCAGUUAUUUUGCUGAAAAUAAUUGACAUCGAAGUCGUUAGUUUGUGUGAAUAAUUAGCCAAUGAACAGUACCCAUGAAUUUUUAUUAUUGAAUAAAAUUUACAUACUUUAUCGAGAGAAAAUAUUCCUAGACCCUGACGUAUCUAUACAGUUCCACUCAGUGACAAAUUAAAAUCGAUUUUGAUGAGUAUACAAUAUAGAUUUUCUUAUUGCGUAAUACCUAGACGUCCGAUAGAAAAAUUCAUAAUUUGUUCGCUGGUAAGUUGAGAUAACGUUGGCACUAUACAUCGAAAAAUUGGUUUUCGCUGGUAUUAUUGAAAAUUGAGGGGCAACAAUUACGGAGAUAAACGAGCAGUUGAAUUAUUGGUAAUUGAUACUUGGGAACACCUGUGCGUUGAUGAUUCACAGGUUGAAACCAUUUGUUGAUCGUAAUUGAUUCUAGUUAAUGUACAAAAAUAUUCCAUAACGAUUGGCCUCCAUAAGAACAUCUCUCACUUUAAUAUUUUGGAAAAAAAUAUUGAAAUUUUUUAGAAUUCGCCAAUCAUUUGAAAACAAACAAUUGGGCUGUUAAAAAAUUUCGGCGAAAACUGUUGGUAAACUUCGUGAAAAUUCUAAUCGGGAGAAAGUUCCAUGGAAAUUUCAAGGAAUUUCUCCAUCAAAAAUUCGCAAUUUGUAAUUGAAAAUAACAAAUGAAAACUGUAAUAU